UUAAAUCAUGCCGCACUCUAUGAAAGGCGCUAUAUACCCAAUGAUUUUUAAGUAACACACUACAAUGUUCGUUUUGUGUUGUAUCAGACUGUUAAGAGCUGCUCGGACGGCGCGCUGGUCAGAGGAUGAGGGGGUCCAUAAGUGACUGUGUGGUAAGUAGCACAUUGGAGGAAGAAGGUGACGAGUCCUGGAUGGCAUUUUUGUUGGUGGCUGCUGCACCUGUCGUUGAUGUGCACUGAGAAAGUUGAUUUUUGGAAGGCCUGGGGGGUUGGGCAGGGGUGGCAGGUUGUAAAUGUUUGGGGGCCUCAUUAAAAAAGCAGCAGCCCCUCUAUAUGGUACACUCAUCAUUAUUGCUUUGGCACAAACCCCAGACCGAGCCACUAAUUGGGUGGCAUUUGUGCCAGCAGGACAGUCACAGAGCCAGCUUUGUGCCAUUGUUUCAGUUCUCAGUGUGGACUCAACAAUGGCCUCCUCUUAUCUCUCUCUCUCUCUCUGCAGAUGGUCUCCAAAGCCCUCUGGCAUGGCUGUGCCCACUCUCCAUCAAUAGCCCAGUGCGCCUGGCUUGCCCAUCCGCCUGUAAAGAUGACAAUCCUUCUGGAUUCCCAGAGCGCUUUCCAUUUUGCUAGAUGAUGCAGGUCGCUGUUGUUCCUCCUGCCUUUUAAAAGGCCCCCCUUGCUAGAGGAGAAAGAGAGGGGGGUGGUGAACAUGAGUGGGCCAAUGUCAGAGGUGCCCGUGGACGCCAGCUGCAGUGAGGAGCUGGAGUGUAAGAUCUGCUACAACCAGUACAACCUCAAGAGUCGGAGACCCAAGGUGCUGGAGUGCUGCCACAGGAUGUGCGCCAAGUGCCUGACCAAGCUGGUGGACCUGGAGGAGCCGCCACGUCACGUGGUCACCUGCCCCUUCUGCCGCUUUGAGACCUGCCUACUGUCAGGGGAUGCGGUGGCCGAGCUGCCCGACGACCACAACAUCGUGACAGCCCUGACCUUCGGCAAGAAGAGCGGCCGCUACCUGCAGGAGAACUCGGCCGAACUGCUGCUCAGCCCCAAGAGGCUCACCUCCUUUGUCAACCCUUCCCACGACUCGUCAUCCAACUGCCUGGUCAUCACCAUCAUGGAGGUGCAGGGGGACACCGCCCAGGCGACUGGCGCCGGCCCUCCGGUCGUCGAGCUCUACCAGCCGUCUGGCUUUAACCCGAUCGCCGCCAUGUCGCGCCGGUGGGCACUGCGCAACUUCAUCUCCUCGCUGUGCCAGACGUCUGGCAGGGUGCUGGUCUGGCUGCUCGGCCUCCUCUACUUCAGCUCGCUGCCCCUGGGCGUCUACCUGUUGGUGCUACGUGAGGUCACUUUGGGCAUCGUGUUUGUCAGCCUAGUCCCUUCCAGUCUGCUCAUCUUUAUUAUCUACGGCUUCUGUCAAUGCUUUUGUCACGAGCUCUUAGAUUGCAUCUCUUCCUAAGAAGUUUAUAGUGCCUUUCUUUCAGACUGGAAUGAGGACACCGGCUGUUGUUUAAAAAGGUCAUUUUAAAAAUAAUGCGAUAAACGAGCUGGACAUGCCGGGGUGUCAUUAGUGCCACAUUGGCCCUCGCCUCGCCUUCCUCUGUGACAGCAGUAAGCCACUUCAUGACUUUUAUAGCUCCUUGGACUCGUAUGCAAUUUUGUUAUAUUUCAGGUUCUAAUGUAUGUGCAAAAAUUACUAAAUCUGGCAUCUUAACCAA